GUGAGUGCUGAUAAAACAUGGAUUGAAGCCCCACUGAAGAGGAGGUACAGAGGGGCCUUCAGAUGCAAAUGACCAGAGUGCUCCAGAUUGGAAAGAAUUGUAGAGUGAACUUUGGAAGGCAGAGUGUCCACAGAGCUGGCAGUUACCUCCUGUCUAUUCAAUAUCUCCUAGGCUGAAGCUCCUGAGGGACCCACAUCAGUCUUUUGCUACCUCAGAAAGGCCAGGGUUGGCAGUUUUCCCAAACUCCUGCCUCCCCAGAUGUCUGUUCAUCCUCACCCUCCUGCAGCUGCCCAAGCUGAGUGCAGGCUGAAGCUCCUGAGGGACCCACAUCAGUCUCUUGCUACCUCAGAAAGGCCAGGGAUGGCAGUUUUCCCAAACUCCUGCCUCCCCAGAUGUCUGUUCAUCCUCACCCUCCUGCAGCUGCCCAAGCUGAGUGCAGCUCACUUUGACGUGAUUGGACCCUCGGAGCCCAUCCUGGCCAUGGUGGGCGAAGACGCCGAGCUGCCCUGUCACCUGUCCCCAAACAUGAAUGCGGAGCGCAUGGAGCUGCGGUGGUUCCGGAGGAAGGUCUCGCCGGCCGUGUUGGUGCACCGGGAAGGGCGAGAGCAGAAGGAAGAGCAGAUGCCUGAGUACGGAGGGAGGGUGACGCUGGCGAAGGACGACAUCUCCGUGGGGCGCGCUGCUGUGAGGAUACAGGGUGUCAGGGCCUCUGAUGACGGCGAGUACCAGUGCCUUUUCAGGGAGAACGGGAGCUACGGCAUAGCCCUCCUGCAUCUGACGGUGGCUGCUCUGGGCUCUGACCCUCACAUCCAUAUGGAAGUUCAAGAGAGUGGAGAGAUCUCGCUGGAGUGCACCUCAGUGGGAUGGUACCCAGAGCCCCAGGUGCAGUGGAGAACUCCCAAGGGAGAGCAGUUUCCAUCCACAUCAGAGUCCAGGAAUCCUGAUGAAGAAGGUCUAUUCACUGUGGCUUCUUCAGUGAUCAUCAGAGACACCUCCAUGGAGAAAUUGUCCUGCUACAUCCAGAACCUCCUUCUUGGCCAGGAGAAGGAAGUGGAGAUUUCCAUACCAGAUACUUCUGUUUUAACUACUUGCUUACGAAGUAUAACUCCCUGGAGAGUGGCUGUGGCUGUCAUCCUGACGGCCCUAGGACUUGUCACCAUUGGGUUCAUAUUUUUCACUUGGAGACUAUACAAGGAAAGAUCCAGAGAGAGGAAGAAUGCAUUGAGCCCUAAAGACAAAGUCCUAGAAGAGCUCAAAUGGAAAAGGUCUCCAUGGCAUGCAGCGGAUAUGAUCCUGGAUCCAGACACAGCCCAUCCUCACCUCUUUCUUUAUGAGGAUUUAAGAUCUGUUCGACUGGAAGAUUCACGUCGCAUACUACCUGAGAGACCAGAGAGAUUUGACUCCUGGCCCUGUGUGUUAGGCUGUAAGGCCUUUACCUCAGGGAGACAUCACUGGGAGGUGGAGGUGGGAGACAGGACUGACUGGGCAAUCGGUGUGUGUAGGGAAAAUGUGCGAAGGAAAGGAUUUGACCCCAUAAUUCCUGAGAAUGGGUUCUGGGCCUUGGAGUUGUAUGGAAAUGGGUACUGGGCACUCACCCCUCUCCGGACCCCUCUCCUAUUGUCAAGUCCCCUCCACCGGGUUGGAAUUUUCCUGGACUAUGAAUUAGGAAACAUCUCCUUCUACAACAUGACUAAUGGACAUCAUAUAUAUACAUUCUCUGAAAACAGAUUCUCUGGCCCCCUCCGUCCCCUCUUUUGCCUUUGGUCCUCUGGUGAAAAGCCCCUGAUCAUCUGCCCACUUGCUGAUGGGCCUGAGAGUGUCACAGUCAUUGCUAAUGCCCAGGACCUUUCUAAGGAGAUCCCCUUGUCCCCCAUGGGGGAGGACUCUGCCUCUGAGGUUACAGACACUUUCCAUUCUAAGCUAAUCCCCACCCAACCCAGCCAAGGGGCGCCUUAAGGAAUAUCCCAGCUCAGUUGUUUUCCUUUGUUCUAAUCUCUCUCCUCCAUUGUGAGCCUUCACCUGCCAGCUUCAGCCAGCCCCUAUUUCUUCCUGUUGGGUAGAGAUUAAUUAAUCUUGUGAAGGUUGUAUUCCUUCUGCUCGAGAGGGUGGGGAGUAGGACCUUCCUAAUUUGUUUCUGUAUAAAUAUUUUGGGGAUGGAGAAGUGAUUAUUAAACUGCUUCUACUGAUCCCCUAUUCCUUAAGGCCAGAACCUAUAGGGAAGGGCUUGGAGCAAACUGAAAGGAUAGCUUAGGGAUUGAGGUGGGGGUUGGAGUGUCAUGGGGUUGUGGCAGAAAUGUUUGGGUAUCCAAAAUAGGGGUAUGUGGAGGAACAGGUUUGAGGUGAGCAGAAAACCCAAAGGGUGCUGGGAAAGGACAAUCUUAGAACAAAACCCCAUAAAGGAAUUUGGAGGAAACAUGAUGAUGGAGGAAAGUGAGGUGAACUUAGGCCCAUGAUGAAUACCUGGCUUACCCCUAGAGUUUUUAGGGCCUGUAUCUCAAAAUUUCCAAGCCAUAUCAUAUAGGAUAGAGGAGACUAGCCCUAAUUCUGUGGGAACUGAGCUGUGGGCAAGGGGGAGCAGAGAGAAGCUAAGAUGAGCAGGGCUGGAGGCUGCAACAUGUGAGAUAGAGGAGAGAAUUUUGGACAACACUCAAAAGUUGUCUGCACAGCCAUGACUUAAGGCAGCAGUCCCCAACCUUUUUGCCACCAGGGACUGGUUUCAUGGAAGAUG